AUGCAAUUAAGUCUGUUAUAUAAUUUACAUUUAGAUAGCAAAUACUCCAGAAGUGGAACGAGAUAUUCAGCCUUCGCAAAGUUCGGCAGUUUUACUUCCGACGGAUCCUACUUUUCUCUUACAUCAACCGACAAUUCAAUUUCAUUCUAUAAUGUAGACGAAGAUGUAAAAAAUACACAUUCUCAACUUCAUAAUGGCAGUACCGACUUGAUUCCUCUCAACAUUAACCCAUUUUUAACUGUUAAAUUCAAAAAUGAUAUUAGGGACUUUUGCUGGUUUCCGAAUUUUGACAAAAAUUGUCCUGAUUCCUGUUGUUUUUUAAUCGCAUCUCGUAACAAACCUAUUAACCUUUACGAUUCCUUAACUGGUGCAGAACACUUUACUUACAAACCCAUAAAUGCAGUUGGUGAGAUCGCAGAAAGUUACUCCAUCGACUUCCAUCCCCUUGGAAAAUACUUUCUUUGCGGCUCCUUAUCAUGUAUCUACGUUUUUGACAUUCAAUCUCCUGGAGAACACAUUGAGUUGAGAAGGCUUUCUACAAGGAAAAGCGCAGGCCAGAAGGGGAUUAUUUCCACCAUUUCUCACAACAAUUUCGGUUCUGGAAACACUUAUGCUUGUGGCAGUUACAACUGUUCUGUUUCAAUAUAUGACCAUAACUUAUCAAGGACUGUCAGUUUAGCAGGGGAUUUUCUCGAUCCUGAGUUCCCUCUCGGUCCAAUUACUCACAUUAAAUGGAUUGAUGAAAGUAAACUUAUCAUUGGUUGCAGAAAUGACUAUUACUUGAGGUUAUAUGACACUCGCGGUGACCUUAGUUCCCCUUUACAGAGGUUCUACAGGCCUGUCAACAAUAAUCAAAAAAUCACCUUUGAUUACAAAGAUAAUUUACUAGUUUCAGGUUAA